UGUCGUUUCAAUUUUGUCCAAUCCCCAGUUCGUAUCUCUCGAAUCUUUAAUUUCAGUAAUUCACCUGGUUUGGCUUUCAUCAACCACUCUCGGUGAAUCCGAAGAAAGAAUGAAAUUAAGGGCAAGACAGAGCUGAGGGCUGACACUCUGAGGAGUGAGGACGAUCUGCUCUUAUAUAAUUUCAGUCCACAUGUUCGAUCUUCUUCUUGACAUCCACGAGAUACCCAUUUGUUCCUUGUACCCCGGCAACAGCCUGUCUGGUCUAUUGCGUUGUGUAACUAAAACUGUACUACUUUCUUCUAAUAUGUUUACGUGUGUGAGCUAGAUACCCAUUUGUUCAGCGUCUUCGGUUUUGCCGCAUAAUAAUUUGCAUUUGGAGACAGUGAGUGCGUGCGCCGGCCGGCGGCAGAUAUGGCACGGCGAGAAGUCGACGACUCCUACACCAACGGUUCCGUGGUCGAGGUCGUGUCCAUAGAGGAAGGCAGCAAGAUGGACAAGGAGGAUGACCACCAAAACCCGCAGGCGCCUGACGGCGGCGACGUCGUGGUUUGUGGCAUGCCCAUGUCGUUCACCUUCCUCCAGAUGCUGCUCGCCGAGUUCUUGGCCACGUUCUUCCUGAUGUUCGCGGGGCUGGGCGCCAUCACGGUGGAGGAGAAGAAGGGCGCGGUGACGUUCCCGGGGGUGGCCGUGGCGUGGGGCGCGGCGGUCAUGGCGAUGGUGUACGCCGUCGGCCACGUCUCCGGCGCGCACCUCAACCCGGCCGUCACCCUCGGCUUCGCCGUCGCCGGCCGCUUCCCGUGGAGGCGCGCGCCCGCGUACGCGCUGGCGCAGACGGCCGCCGCCACGGCGGCGAGCGUGGUGCUGCGGCUCAUGUUCGGCGGCCGGCACGCGCCCGUGCCGGCCACGCUGCCGGGCGGCGCCCACGCGCAGUCGCUCGUCAUCGAGUUCGUCAUCACCUUCUACCUCAUGUUCGUCAUCAUGGCUGUCGCCACCGAUGACCAAGCGGUGGGUCAUAUGGCUGGAGUGGCUGUGGGUGGAACCAUCAUGCUCAAUGUGCUGUUUGCUGGGCCGGUGUCGGGGGCGUCGAUGAACCCGGCGAGGAGCAUUGGGCCGGCGUUGGUGGGGAGCAAGUACACGGCGCUGUGGGUGUACAUCUUGGGACCGUUCGCCGGUGCGGCAGCCGGAGCUUGGGCCUACAGCCUCAUCCGCCUCACUGGCGACCGCACGGAUUGAGAUCAAUGUGUUGAGGGUGAGAAUCCUCUACCAUAAUAUCAUUACCAUUACAGUCGCUGAUAUGUGGGUACCACUAUUUUAUUACCUCACACGUCAGGGUAUUAUGGUAAGUCUACAGGGUAUUUAUAUGUUUGAAUGUAUCGGUGUAAAAUUGGCCCGUAUACGUGGAUAUGUUGAGUUCUGGAUCGGUCCAUGUGUGGUGUCUUUUGAUCUUUUGGUGAUAGGCGAGAAUAUGUGUUACAUUCAAAUUAUAACUUGGAAAUGAUAAUUCCACCAUUCAGAAAUAAUAAAUUUGGAUUUGUUUUACUAA